UGAAACUCAGCUGCGCGUCUUCGCCAGUGCACUUGUUCUUUCACGCGGCACUAAGGACAGACGUCGUCUUCGAGUCAACGCGACUCAUUUCUGAAGCAGCGAGCGCGUAUUUGUGCGUUAGGGAUCGGCUGCUGCGGCGACAAGAGAACCGCGCUGCCCGUCACAAACCGUUUAGCGUGUUCGCGCUGGCUCACUAAGCACGCGAAGCCACGACUCCGCUCCGAGAAGAAGAAUGCGUCGUGCAGCCGGAAGUGCUCGAAGAUUGCGGUUCCUGUAGUGUUUCGCCCUGGAUGUCUUCAUACGGCCACGGGUAGGACAGGAGUGGCUUUUUGAUUGCGUCCGGGCUCGUGCGCGUGUGUGUGCUUUUGCUUUAAGGUGGGACAAGCUUCAGCUGUCCGCGCGGGUGAGAAUUCCUCCAGUUACAACACCGCUUGGAUCUUACUCCACAAGGUCGCCUCAUCUAUUCGGCCUAGCUUCGCCAUUGGCCGCCAUGCAGCGGCUUCGGAGGAGACGAUUCUUCACGAGUUAGAGCUGACGCAUGACAACGUUCAAGAAGGAGAGGCGCCUCCUGAUUGGUAGUUUUCCUCAUGACAAAGGCGGAUGAAGACAUCAUAAUGGAUUACGACAGUGAUAUCAUGGACACCAACCUGACGGAGGAUUACAACUACACCAGCCUCAUUCCGCUGGCCGAACAGAUCCCGAUGUUGGUGAAUCUUACGAACCGAGGCCCACCGAUCGAGUUUGCCUUGCCGCUGCUCGGAUACGCCAUGCCCGCACUCUUAGUGGUGACCAUCAUCGCCAACACGUUCGUCGUAGUCGUCCUGGCACAGCGUCACAUGCGUACACCCACCAACAUUGUCCUGCUGGGAAUGGCCGUCUGUGACAUGAUGACCCUCCUCAUUCCAUCACCGUGGUUCUUCUACAUUUACACACUAGGAAACUACGCCAACGUUCUCGGUCCUUCUUCUACAUGCUACGCCUACAACAGCAUGAACGAGGUGAUUCCGAAUGCGUUUCACACGGCCUCUGUCUGGCUGACACUAGUUCUGGCUGGACAGCGCUACUUCUACGUCUGUCAUCCUACCACAGCCGUCACUUGGUGCACCGUGCCGCGUGUACUGCGGACAGUGUGCUGGGUUGGCUUUAUCGCGUUCGCGCACCAGCUGCCACGCUUUCUCGACACGGUGUUCAUAGACGUGCGCUUCAAGUGGCAAGGCGAAGUGCACUACGGCUGCCAGAUGCUGGUCGCCGAAUGGGUCACCCAGAUCUUCACCGCGAAGGCUUACUUCAUUGCGUAUUACGCCUUCAAGGUAAUCUUCGUCAAUAUCGGGCCCUGCACCGUGCUCGUGGUGCUCAACAUUCUGCUGUUCCGCGCCCUCAAGCGCGCUCAAGAGAAGCGUGCCAAGCUGCUCAAGGAGAACCGCAAGAGUGAGUGCAAGAAGCUGCGUGACAGCAAUUGCACCACCAUGAUGCUCAUUGUCGUGGUGACAGUGUUUCUGGCGGUGGAGAUACCGCUCGCCGUGACCAUCGUGCUGCACGUGCUGAUAAAUGCGUUCAAGGUACAGCUUGUCUCGUACUAUGUUCUCAACAUCACGCUGCUCUUUACCAACUUCUUCCUCAUGCUGAGUUACCCGGUGAACUUUGCCAUCUACUGUGGUAUGAGCAAGCAGUUUCGGAAGACGUUCAAGGAUCUCUUCAUUAUGGGCACGUUCGUCAACAAGACCCAGGGUUCGUCGCGUUACUCGCUGGUCAACGGACCCCGUACAGUGACGAAUGAGACCAUACUGUGAGAUGAACGUCUGGUAAUGUCUGACGUAACCAAAGAAUUCCGCGAAAGGGAAUACGUUUUCGCGUGUCAGUGUGGAGGAGUGGAUCUUGAACGCCGCACGUUUCUUGAUGUUGUUUUGGCGAAAAGAAGCUUGGCCACUUCUGCUGCUCCUUUGAGGGCCGCGGUAACAGAUGGGUGCUAACGAUACAGUGCGCAGUCCAGCUGAAUUAUCGGUGUUUGAAGGUGUUCCAUAACGCUGGCUGCAGAUGGAUGCGAUACAAAAGACGGCUUGAAAUAGUUUAGCUUCUCGUUCCGGAUCACUACUAAAGGCAUUACUACUUGUGACUGAACUCCUGUAUUUCAUGCCUCUCUUUCUUUAGAUUCCGCCUUAUGAUACCUUCCGCUCCAUAACCUUUAUAGCCAGCCUUCACUUACAGGCAUAAAAUUGGCGUACCUUUCCCCCCAAAAGCUGAAAAGUCGUAUUGAAAAUAACGGAAACAGAGUGUAGGGGACGCAAAGAUUUUUUUAUUGGGGACCCAAGCACUAGUUCAAUAGAGGACGGUGUUCAAUGUUUGCGCAACCGAAGACAUCACUUCCUCCCAGAAAAAAAGCUAACAAGCGCUAAUCAGGAAGCAAAAUACUGAUGUAUGUUAAUACUGAAAGGAAAAAAAAGCGUCCUUAUCAGUUUUCAAAACUAUUCUGCACUUCUUACGCCAAGAGGUAUCAUACAGUUAAAAAAACUUCUCAUCUAUUAGAAGAACUGAACAUUGGGCGUGUAGGUAUUCCAUUGCGGGUGGUAUUUUAUGCAAAAAAAAACGGAAAAAAAGAAAGAGAGCGCAGGUAGGCAUAGACUGCGCUCUCUUUCUUCUUGUUCGUUCUUUUUUUUUUGCGCAAAAUACUAUCCAGAAUCAUCUCUAUUAUCGACAAACUGGUUCAGUAAAAUUUUGCCGUCACCUGCCCGUGUAGUCAUCCAGUGCAUAUUGCCUAUUGUACCAAAAACCUCUUAGCUAGUUAUAGCUAUUAUUUUGUUGCGGGAGAGAUAAAUCAAUAUUUUUGAAAGAAAAUUUUAGAUUCCGAAGCCCAAGCUAGGGGGCGAUUUGUUACAAGUGGGCACUAUUCACAAGUGAACGCAUUUCUUGGUUGUGCUUUACAUCAUAUCUUCAAUGCAAAUUUCUAAGAAAAACCUCUUUUGAGCUUUACGCUAGAUUUGUCGUUGUGCUUAUUCUUGUCACCCUGCACGAAACAUCAGCUGUAUCCUCCGUGAUCAGCUGAUGAGAAAGAGUAUUGAUAACUUUCAGCCAAACUGCAGUUUAUGAGCUAGCUCAACACACCAUUCAUUCUUUCCUCAGAGAGCCUUUAGCGCUGACGCCUAUUGCUUUCUCUAGGAGCAAAUAAUCACACAGUUUAGAGAUAAACUAUUUUCUCGCGUACUGCACUACUCUGGAAAAAAAAACAAAAAAAAACACUAUAGUUAAGUCAAGAUGAUUCACGAGCGAGAAAACGUGCUGGUUUUUCCGCCGUCAUCGUGAUUUCAUACCUUUCGACUACGUUUGCUGAAGCGCUGUUAUUUUCAUAUUGGCAGAUUAUAUAGCGUUUUGUUUCGCUUGCCUUAAACACUUUAGAUGAAAGGUUUAAAGUGCUCGUAAACCACACGAAGUUUAAAGGCGCGACAGUAUUGCCCUCGCUACCCUUCCUACAAGCACUAUCUUAUCCUCUUCUCUCAUUUCUCCAGAAAAAAAAACGUAGAAUGUCUAAAAUAGGCGAUGAACCACUCAGGAUGUCGCGUUUUCUUUUACUACAUGCUCAUAUCUCUGCCUGCGUAGUCGCCAACGCGGAAAACGAAGUAAAAUAGGUUUACCGGGCAUGAUAAUCAUGCUGACAGGGCAGACAGCACACUCGACUGCAUAGCCAAGCAGGGUAGGCGACAAUUCAGAAGACGUACCUUUCGUAUAUCGACCGAUGGAGAGCUUGUUUCAUCCUGACGUCCUGAGAAUGAACAGCUGGCGUCAUGAAUUGUGCCACAAAAAGUGGGAACGUCGCGACAGAAUAACAUGCUCGUUUUUCGCACUUUAGAAGGAGUUCGGAGGCCCUUUAAGUAAACCCUAUUCAGCCGUUGGACACAAAGUAUAAGAAAACGUUCUAAAAUUCGUGUCCUCAUGCACAUUCAAAUAUAGGUGUGGAAAUUUCGCCACAAAAUUAAACGUUCGAAAAUGAAACUUUGAUUAUUUCAUAUUUAGGAUAUUGUGGCGAAACCAGAAAAAUGAUGUUAUCGACAAACUAAAUAAAUGUGAGUGAUGUAUCUUUUCACUUAAGCGUUCCUUUAGAUAAUGCAGUUAUGUUUGCAGUUUGAAAAACAUGGUUAAAUCGGCGCUUAUAAGGACAGUACCAAGGAAGAGUAGAUACAUCAUCGGCAUCGUGAUGCGUGUACAGCAAUUGUGCGGAGAAAAUUCAAUAUUCAAAACUAGGUAUUGCGUGCGCUUUCACGUCUAGUAAAUAUGUCCCCAUGUGUACACUGUGUCAGAUCUGGGUAAUUUGAUUGGAUCACUUACACAAAAGUGAGCAUUACAUAUAGUGUAUGCAUAGCAAAAUAAUGUGGUUAUCCGAGCAGUUGCUCAUAGUAGUCGUCACUAUGUGCUGCUACCAUUACUGAAUAAAAGAAUGAUGUUGCACUUGAAUACGUGAGUGUACUACAGUGUUCAUAUUGUUCCUUCAUAUAAAGGCCGAUUUAACUAUGCUUCAUGAAAUCAGUAAAUAACUAAUCAGUUACAGUAUCUUAUCUCAACAAGUGUAAAAUGGCUCUUCAGGGCAUAUAUCCUCUGCGCGUACGCUCAACUGUACAUAAAUAACUUGAGCAUGGUUUAUUAUAAGUUGUACCUAGAUGUUUUAGAUAGAAGGCGUCAACUUCUGUCCUAUUUUCUGUCCCAAUAAGAUAGGUAUAAUCGCUCAAUGCAUUCAUAACAUCAGUUAUUUUUUAAUAGGCCAAUUGAUUUCUUUUUUUAUUAAGCUCUUAUGAGAAACAGAAGCUUAUCACUGAAGUCACAGUUAUUUCACCUUCGCAAGUUUUCAGGAUGCAAGUGCGAUAUGUUUAUCUUUUCUUCUUUGCUACAAGUCAAUGUGAUCAGUUAUUCGUGUUGUUAGGGGGCAUAUAUGCUUUGUGAAUUCCGUGAAGUGGACGACAAUGCAACACUGUAUUUCUGAAAUGGUACGCCUUCAGGGAAGUUGAAAAUGUUACAAAACUUGAUGUCAAACGACCGAUUCACAUUAUAAACAUGUUACAAUGAACAUUUAUUUCCCAGGCCUUAACUUCAAUGUUAUUUCAGUGAAAGAAAAAAAAGAAAACCUCACCUUUCUUCUGCUUGAAAUUUCAAAUCAUUUCGUGUAAAUCACAACUGGAAUUCAAUUAUGCAAAUGUUUUGUACAUUACAAACCUUAUAAAAUAUUUUUUUCAUGCUUCGACAUUUUAUGCUUAUCCAAUAAAGCAGAUAGAAAGCUGUAGUGAAAUUUACCCUCAUAAUUAAAAGCAGGUAACUGUUUAGUUUACCUUAAGAAUUUUAUACCUAGAAACGGUUGCGGGUCAACUUCUUUCAAUUUGCUGCUUCCAAUGAAUUCAUGUUCAUCAUAAAAAAACGUAUGUUUCUUCAAGCUUUGUGUAGAAAAAAUAACGUGGUUUCGCUAUCGGUGGAAACUCUUGACUCGUAUCAAUGGUUUUCGACAGCAUGAGCAAUUACAGUGAUGCAAGUGUUUGAAAUGAUGUGCAAGGCAAAUCAGGUGUUGGCUUCCAACGAUCACCACCUUUUUUUUUUCGUUGGUAGAAUUAUUACAUCUGAAUUCAUUUUUUGAUUCAAACCUGCGAGGUGUUUGCAACCUGCAAUGAUGCCCCAAUGUUCAUCAUGACGCCAUAUUAGCUGUGUGCAUUAUGUCACUGUGCCCAUUCAGUGUUGUCGCCGUUGGUACUGUUUAUGUGUCAUAAUAGAAAACGAAAACGCGGAGAAGUGUUGGCUUGUGUCAUACAAUGAGCGCAUUCCAAGACACUACUGUAAUAUAAGAGUGAUAAAAAUAGAGCAUUGUUUGUUGAUUCCUAACAACA